UCCCCAUCCAGGAGUUUCCAGUCAGACAUUUGUGGUACCCGGAGCCGCAUGCAGUUGGACCCGCGUGUCCCCGAGAACAACGAAGCCGCGUGCGGGUCUGUAGCGCUUUGCCACGCAGUCUUCAGUGGACACACACGCGGUCCUGUUUGCAGUCCUGAAGUGUGGUGCUCCUCCACUCUUCGGAAACCUCUCAUCCGUCUCCACCUUCAUCUAGUUGAGCUGACAUGGCUCCAGCGGUGGGUGGGCCUGUGGGAUACACCCCCCCUGAAGGUGGCUGGGGCUGGGCAAUUGUGGCAGGUGCCAUCAUCUGCAUCGGCUUCUCCUACGCCUUCCCCAAGUCCAUCACUGUUUUCUUCAAGGAGAUCGAGGUCGUCUUCGAUGCCACGCCCAGUCAGGUGUCCUGGAUCUCCUCAAUCAUGCUGGCCUGCAUGUACGGAGGAGGUCCUAUAAGCAGCAUCCUGGUGAACAAAUAUGGCAGCCGACCAAUCAUCAUCCUCGGAGGCUUGCUGGCAGGUUCUGGGCUGGUUGCUGCUUCCUUCUGCAACACUGUGGAGCAGCUGUACUUCUUUAUUGGAGUAGUUGGAGGUUUGGGACUCUCCUUGAAUUUGAAUCCAGCUCUCACCAUGAUCGGUAAAUACUUCUACCUGCGGCGACCCAUCGCCAACGGCAUCGCCAUGGCCGGCAGCCCCAUCUUCCUGUCCACCUUGGCUCCUCUCAACACCUGGCUGUAUGAUGAGUUUGGUUGGAGGGGCAGCUUCCUGAUUCUAGGGGGACUUCUGCUGAACUGCUGCGUGGCCGGCUCUCUGAUGCGACCCAUCGGGCCCAAACCUCAGCCACCUAAGCCCGAGACCGAGGCAGCUGAGGGGAAAGCCGCUCCUGCACAGCCCAAGAAGACGGUCCUGCAGACGAUCAACACCUUCAUCGACCUCACGCUCUUCAAACACCGCGGCUUCCUGCUCUACCUCAUGGGCAACGUUGUCAUGUUCUUCGGCCUCUUCUCUCCGCUCAUCUUCCUCUCCAACUUCGCCAAGAAUAAAGACAUCAGCAAAGAAAAGGCGGCGCUCCUUCUCUCCAUCAUGGCUUUCGUGGACAUGUUUGCUCGCCCUUCCAUGGGACUCCUGGCCAACACCAAGCUGAUCCGGCCCAGAGUGCAGUAUUUCUUUGCAGCUUCCGUCCUCCUGAACGGACUGUGUCACGUGUUCGCGCCUCUGAAUGUCGACUACACCGGAUUCAUCAUCUACGCCAUUUUCUUUGGCUUCGCGUUCGGCUGGCUGAGCGCCGUGCUGUUCGAGACCCUGAUGGACCUGGUGGGAAUACAGAGGUUCUCCUCUGCCGUGGGUCUGGUCACAAUAGUGGAGUGUGGGCCUGUCCUGCUGGGGCCACCCCUGACGAGUAGCUUCUACAACUACUACCACAACUACAGCUACACCUACCUCACCUGUGGGAUCAUCCUCAUCAUCGCCAGCGUCUUCCUCUUUGUGGGAAUGGGCAUCAACUACCGUUUGUUGGAUAAAGAGAAGAAGGAGGCGGAGAGGCAGCAAAAGGAAGAGCCCAAGGAGGAGCGCACGGCCAUGUUGGAGGCGUCCUCGCCCACAAAAACGGAGGAGUCGGAGCCGGCCCCCUCCAUGGAUGAAGUGGCCAGGAUGGACGAGGACUCUGUGUAAACGGAUGCAUAAAGGGACGGAACUGGGGGACACGUUCAAUAACACACGUGGGAGCAGCAGUCUCAACACACUCCGUUUAGUUUAGUUUUUUCUGGAGAGCCCCCCCCUUUCACACCAUCCUAAAGCCAUAGAAAGCAUCACCACGAAAACCAGAGAGCUGCGGCGGCAGUGACGUCAGGGUUGGGCUUAAGUCACGCUCAGAUCUCUGGUUUCUGUGUGCCUUUUGGUAAACUCCUGUUCUGGAGCACAGACGCUGCUUCUGUUACCCCCACCACCCACCCACACAUACACACACACACACACACACACACACACAGACUGCAAGGUAACAAUCUAACACUUUGACUCAGGGGCUCGUCCUACAUAGGUUCAGAACUCAUCAGCCACCACAGGAAGCCUUUCACUGUAACUCCCGUCACUCGUGGUGUUUCACACUCAGCGGUUGGACAGAAAGGUAGAGCCACUGGGUGGAACCGCUGAUUCUGUUAGUAGUGGCAAACACGCCUAUAGGGAAGGAGAAUUCACUAACCGAGCUGUCUGUCUAUUAGCUGCAGAAGUUUAUAAGCUUUUUAUUUGAGAAUGUAAGGGCCGACGAGCUUCCCUUUGUGACUGGGAAGGCUGAAGCUAUAAAACAUGAAGGAAUCUUUAGAAACUAGGUCACGCCGUCAGUUUCUAUCAGCGUCUUUUCCGUUGGGGGGGGGGGGGGGUGAACCUGCAUCACAGGUGAGCAUUCUGCAUCCCUGCAGGAGAAAGCUACUACAAAGACUCUAUAAUGCCCCCUGCUGGCUUUGGAUGGUAGUGUUUGGCUCCCAGUACUGCACCAUUAGUAUUUUAAAUGAUUCAUCAAUUUAUCAUUGUUUUUAAAGGACUUCCUUUUAAUAAGUCUGAUGAAAAGGUUAGAUUUGAUGUAUUUUAAUUGUGGAUGUGUGUUUUUAGGUCUUUUAAUUGAAGCCAGGUUUUAUCGUUUCACUUCUAUAAACUUCUCCUCAUCGCAGCAGAGUAUCGGCAGGUAGAGGCGCGUUCGCUGUUGGCCGUGUUGACCGACUCGGGUCCAGUUCAGGGGGAACAGAAGACGAGAAACAUGCAGAACAAAAAGAGCCGAGAGCUCCGGAGCACGCACAGAAGCCUGAAAACUAAUAUUUGUUACACACUUUCUUUUUGCAUUAGCAGUUAAGUGUCCUGGAGAAGUCGACACUUGUGGAGUGUGACUUUGCCUCUCCAGACACUGGGUUGCGUUGUCUAGACAGUGGAGAGGCACCAGGUGACAAAUGAGGAUGGAGACUCUAAAUUCACCAUGACCAAACGUUUUUCCAAACCGGUUAUUCAUGUACUUUUUUUUUUUUUUUUCCUUUUCUUUGGUUAGCCGGCUUGUUUGUCAAAGUGCCGUCUGUGGAACCUUUUUGGUGUUUCCGCAGAAGUCUCCACCCAUCCACUUACUUGAAUCUGAAGCACAUCUCCUGAGUUUCUUGGAUGGCGGCGGUCCGCAGACGGGCUUCCUUCCCCACGUGUCCACAUUCCCCUCCUACGAUCCUGCCCGAUCUUGUGCUGACAUUUAUUCCACAGGUUAAUUUGGUGUUGAUUCCAAACAAACUGAAGCUUUAUCCUUUUUUUUUUUUUUUCCCGGUUUUUGUUUAAAAAAAAUUUUUUUUAAACCCCAGACGCCUUUGAAAGACGAGGUGAUCUGAGAACAAACAUCAAAACUGUCAGUGCUUUCAGUUUUCCAAAGCGGUACGGUUAUGUCACCACAGCACCUUGUGUUGCAUAGAGAUGAACAAAUUGUUACUAUUUUUGAGAGGUAACUUUUAGACGUAGUUGCUAUUUUAAUGUGUGUGAAAUUUGUGACAAGUGUUGAAUAAAUGGCUUUUAAACAAAA